GCCGACAUCAUCAGCUGCAGUGCUGUGAUCAGCGCCUGUGAGAAAGCUACUCAGUGGUCGCAGGCUUUGGCGAUGCUACGACACGUCCAGUUGAGCUCCAUGGAAGUGGACGUCAUCACAUACUGUGCGGCCAUCAGUGCUUGUGAAAAGUCGGCACACUGGCAGACGGCCAUGGCCCUUCUGAAGGAUCUGGAAGAUCACAUGCUGAAGCCAAGCGUCGUCGUGGUAAAUGCCAUCAUCAGUUCCUGUGGAGCGGCUAGUGAAUGGCGGCAGGCCUUGCAGCAGUUUGUAGAGGCACGAGGCCGAGUGUUGAAUCCCGAUGUCGUAACGUAUGCGGCGGCCAUGAGUUCUGUCGAAAAGGCAAGUCAAUGGCAAAGGGCCUUAUCCUUGCUGGAAGAGGUUGGGCACCGACGGAUAAAAGCAAACAUCAUCGUGCUGAACGCAGCGGUUAGUGCAUGCGGCAGCGCGGCAAAGUGGCAAUCUGCCAUUCAAACACUGAGUGAUGUUCACGCAAGACUGUUGCAGACAGAUGUGGUCACUUAUGACGCAGCUAUCAGUGCGUGCGCGAACGGCAUGGAGUGGCAGCAAGCCGUCGCAUUGCUGCGCACACUCCAAGAGACGGACAUACAGCUCGGUGUUAUCGCCUUCAAUGCUUCAAUCACAGCCUGCGAGCGUGUGUCACAGUGGCAGGCAGCUAUCCAUCUGCUCAAGAUUGCUGAGACAGUUGUCGACCUGACCGUCGUGACCUUCAGUGCGACCAUCAGUGCAUGUGAGCAGUCUGGACGGUGGGUUGAAGCGCUGCAUAUCUUGAAAGAAAUGGAGCUGCGACAUCUGGAAGCUAACUUGAUCAGCUACGCUUCCGUGAUCAGUUCCUGUGAGAAGGCCCAAAGAUGGCAAGAGUCCCUUGCAAUUCUGAACGAUUCGCUUCGAAAGUGGCUGCAGCCCAACACGAUCGCCUCUAGUGCGGCGCUCCGACGUGGCCGACAUCGCUCACUCAGCUAA